AUGUCGGAUAAUACCCUUGUCAUCUAUGUGGUGACCAUCACGACAUUCCUGCUGGCCACAAUCUUCAUUGUACUGAGACUGGUGGCUCGAUAUGUGACCAAGGUUGAAACCUGGUGGGACGACUGGUUCGCCCUCCUUGCAUAUCUGUGCGCAUUUGGAUUUUCAGGUGUUGUUAUCGAAUGGACUGCGGGUGCAGGCCUGGGCCGGCCCCUCGAGGCCAUCAACAGCAGCAGGGAGGACGUCUACUACCAGUCACGGAUGCUCCUCUGGAUCGGCGAGAUCAUCUACGCAUUCACACUGGCAUUUUCGAAGCUCUCCGUCCUCGGCUUCUACUGGCGGCUGUUCAGCACCUCAGGGAUCCGCAUCCCCAUCCAGAUCCUGACCGGAGCUUCGAUCGUCUGGCUCGUAAUCCGCACGCCCAUGGCCAUCUUUCAUUGCGUCCCGGUGCAGGCUUUCUGGGACCUGACGGUGGAUAACAAAGUGUGCAACAUCGACGACUCAAAGUUCUUCUUCGGCACGGUGCUGGUUCACCUGAUCAUCGAUGUCUUGAUCCUUGCGCUGCCUGUCGUUGAGGUGAAGAAUCUCCGUCUGCGGUUGGGACAGAAGAUUGCCGUGAUUGGUGUCUUCAUGUUCGGAAUUCUGGUCUGCGUCGCUUCAAUUGGCGUCUUGAUUGAGUCGUCCAAGUUUGACCCCAACUCCCCCGAGAUGCCUCUGGAAAUAUCCCCCAUUAUUAUAUGGGCUACAAUGGAGGUUAACCUUGCCAUCGUAUGCUCAUGCCUCCCUCUCAUGCGACCCAUCUUCCACCGAAUGCUCCCCGACUCGGUCCUGGGCUCUGACCCCCGAAGCAGCUCAAUUACCCGGUCCGACAUAGGCAGCAUUUCCGGCUUCAAGCUGCACAGGCUUAACAACAUGCACGAGAUGGACGACGGCUACUCAGUCAAGAACUUCCCUGACAUCGAGACUGGCUCAAUAAGCUCAGACGGGUUUGGCUGUCCGAGAGGGUAUACUGGUCCACAGACGUUCAGCUCCGUGAGCGCUGAGGAUGGACAGCGGUUGCAUCGUGACUUCAAAGGGAUUCAUGUUAAAAAUGAGACGAGGCAACUUUUGUUUGGGGCACGGCGUGUUAACUCGGCCGCUACCGGGCGUGCACAGUUGGCUGCUUCUCAGAACCUCCUCACCUGGUCACUUUCCUUGAACGAUCCGCGCCCAUCCACCUCCUGCUUCUCACUCUUCUACCUGCAACGCAAAAACACUUUCACUCAACUGAAAACCAACUUUUCCUCCCUCCACCAUUGGCCAUCGCCCACUCCCCCCAUUCAAACGAUGCCAGCCCCCCUUGCGUCCAAGGUGCUACGCCAGGCUCCCACACUCUGGAACUCGAAAGAGUAUGGAUGGAAUUGGAAAGACUGUCAGUUUUGGGACAGCGACAGAAAACAAGAGUCGACUCGAUGGGGCCAAGAUAUUGCAUGCCCAAAUAUCCAUGUUCGUCCAGACACAAACUUGUCAGUCUGGGUAUUUCGUGGCUGGGAGUUUGUCACCCCAGUUGAAAAUGCAAAGAGGCACUCGAUGCGUUGUUGGAUCCUUGAGGACUCCAGAGCCAAGGAAAGCAUACUUCCGUGGAUGCUCAGCUGGGAUCUCUUCCAAGACUCUAUCAAACGUGCUAGAGGAGGGAGCUUCCCGGACGACCUCGUGCUCCGCCUACCCUGGGUGGAAGACCCAUUGAAGGCCAGCACAGAAUUUGACUGGCGCAUGUCUAUGGCCGCAGCCGAGUUUUUUAUUGCAAAUGACCACCGGAUGUGGUGCAGGGAGCAGACACCAACCAUGGUGGUAUGCAGAGCCAAGGAAUUUCGCACGCUUGUUGAUCAGGGCUGGACAGCUCUCAUGCGCAAGUUGAAAGAGGGGGAAGCCGGAGAUGCCAACGAAGAGGCGGACAGAACCACGGAUUCAAAUGUGGCAGACGGACAUGCCCUCCAAGUCAAGGACGGAAAUUCAGGCACGGGCAGUGUCGCGGACGCCACGGUGGGAGAUGGUGGCGGUGAUGCAGCUACUGAGACUACCACAACAACCACGACCACCAUCAACAACCCUACGACUACGACAACUACCACGAUCGUCACCACAGUCGCCGGUUGUGGUACUACUACAAAUACCACUACUACAACAACCUCCACGAAAAGGAAGAACAAAACCCAAGCCGAGUCUCGGGAUGGGGGGAACAACAAGAGACCCAGAGGGCGCACAACACGGGCUGAACAAAACGCAGCCACCAUCGACUUGGAACAAGAGAAGUGA